AUGUCAAGCAUUUUCAGACCUCCAGAGUCUGCUAAACCAAAUGCCAAAUCUCCUAAGUUAACAUUACCAGGUUUAGGUAAAAAUAGUAAUACCGUCCCUUCAAACGACAGAAAUGUAUAUCUUUCUUCAGCACCAUCUUCAAAAAGUGAAGGUCCAUCAAGUAGUUUAGGUUCCUCGGUAUCGAGACCAGUAACUCCACAGCCUCCUUCAUCUGAUUCAACAAUUGUGCCCAAUUAUUAUAAAUCACAGCAGAUAAACUCUGCAACUUCAUCUGGAUCAUCUUCUUCGUUGACCAAAAAAAGUAGGCCCGCACCUCCUCCACUACCACCUUUAGUAGUAGCUAAAGGUAAUAACUCGCAACAACCAGGUUCAAAAGGUUCAUAUACCAAUCUAUCAGCUUCUCUCCAGAAAUUAAAAAUCAACACAGAUACAACUAAUGAUAGUUUGAACAGUGCUUCCUCAGGGAAAAAGACUCCAAUACGGAUAGAUGGCGAUACCAGUGGCAAUAUGAUUUAUUUAAGUAAGGAUCUGAAUGCUUCCACAGAUUCGUACCCUUCAGCUUUAAUUAGUUCAUAUGAUCAAAAUAGUAGCGCCAAUACUAGCCCAUCGAAAUCACCAUAUCGCAAUGGGACCAAUUCAACCCCUGGUAAUGAUAUUGAUGAGAUUGGAGAAGAAUUAUGGAACCAUACACAUUUCAAAGAUGAAAUAGUUACUUUAGGAUUACUUGGUGAAGGUGCCGGUGGUUCAGUUGCCAAAUGUAAGCUAAAAAGUGGCUCCAAAAUAUUUGCAUUAAAAACUAUUAAUACUUUAAAUACUGAUCCUGAAUACCAAAAGCAAAUUUUUAGAGAAUUACAAUUCAAUAAAAGUUUCAAAUCGGAUUAUAUCGUAAGGUACUAUGGUAUGUUUACCGAUGAGAGUAAUUCUUCAAUUUUUAUCGCAAUGGAAUAUAUGGGUGGGAGAUCAUUAGAUGCAAUUUAUCUGAACUUACUAAAUCUUGGUGGGAGAAUUGGUGAGAAAGUUUUAGGGAAGAUAGCAGAAUCCGUUUUACGAGGCUUAUCGUACUUGCAUGAGAGGAAAGUUAUACAUAGAGAUAUCAAGCCGCAGAAUAUAUUAUUAAAUGAGAAAGGUCAAGUUAAAUUAUGUGAUUUCGGUGUUAGUGGAGAAGCAGUUAACUCGUUAGCGACAACAUUUACAGGUACUUCAUUCUAUAUGGCUCCUGAGAGAAUCCAAGGCCAGCCAUAUAGUGUUACAUGUGAUGUUUGGUCGUUAGGUCUAACAUUAUUAGAGGUUGCGCAAGCUAAAUUUCCAUUUGGUUCAGAUAAGAUGACUGCAACUAUUGCACCUAUCGAACUACUGAUGUUAAUUUUGACUUUUUCACCACAACUAAAAGAUGAACCAGAGCUAAACAUAGUCUGGAGUAAAUCAUUCAAGUCAUUUAUUGAAUAUUGUUUAAAGAAAGACCCCAGCGAAAGGCCAUCACCAAGACAAAUGAUACAGCAUCCUUGGAUACAAGGUCAAAUGAAGAAGAAAGUAAACAUGGAAAAGUUUGUUAGGAAAUGUUGGGAAAAUGACCGUACUUAA